UCCACACUCGAAUGCACUCAGAGCGAGAGGUGUAUUGCCAGAAAGGGGGCAAACCAUGCACAUACGAUGACAUAAUGGAAAUCCAGAUUGCAGAAGGAUUGAAGGAGAAGAAGGAACAAAGGAGAAGAAGCAGGUCGAAACGUGUGAAGAAGAAGAAACAUUUUCAGCUGUCAUUGGAGUUUCAGGGGAGUUUUAAUAUUACUACGUCGUUUUAUAUUAGUUGUGUGUAAGAGGCAGUUAGCCGUUUCUAAUUACUGUUUAAACUUUAAAAUGGACAAAUGGAAAGCAGCCAAGUGGCAGUGCUCUGUAAUUCAUUUUGUCUUUGUUUUCUGCUGAGCUAUAUAAUGAAACAGGGUGACCUCGAAUGAGACAGAGGAUCAAACCUUCCAAGACCCUUGCAAAGUUUCUCUUAUGGUAUCAGAGCGACCGUUCUGAAGGGACACCACAAUGUCAGGCACGCCGCAACCCAACACUCCGCCAACCUCCGGCAGCGGAGCACGAGUCACAGAUCCGCGUAAUAUGCAGUUUGGGUCUUUUGGAAGUGAAGGCAACACAAGCCAGGCCAAUCCUGAGGUCAUCAUGUUUGGUAAUCCUCUCUACCUAAACCCAAACGAGAAUCUGAGCUUACCCAUAGUUUCUGAGUUGAUGGAUGGGAAUAAUUACAGCAUGUGGAGUAGAUCUGUGUUAAAUGUUCUGAAAACGAAGCACAAAAUGGGUUUUGUGGAUGGGUCUUUACCCAGACCAGCAAUUACAGAUCCACAAUUCCAUUUGUGGGAUGGAUGCAACACAGUGGUUCUCACCUGGAUUUUGAACUCUGUGAACAAAGAUAUUAGGCGUUCAGUUAUGAGGCAGGACAAUGCUAAGGUUCUAUGGGAUGAACUUAAGAGACGAUUUGGUCAGUUGAGUGCUAAUAGAAUGAUUAACCUGAAAGACGAGAUUCAUAAGUGCAAACAGGGCAAUCUUACCAUCACCCAGUACUAUACCCAAAUCAAGGGGUUGUGGGAUGAGUAUACUGAAUACAACCCAAUUGUAGCCUGCAACUGUCUUCCAGGAAAUACCAAUCCCUGCACUGCAGUAGAAGCAUUUGAGAGGAAGCAAGAGACAGAUUACUUGAUUCGUUCUCUCAGGGGUCUAAACCCAGAUUAUGAGAUCAUCAAGAAGCAGCUCCUAAUGCUAAAACCACUGCCAACAGUCACCAUAGCUGUUGAUGAUUUAUUGCAGUAUGAGCAAGAACUGAAAGCACGUGGUGGAACUAAAAAGGGGCAGUCUGUUGCUCUAGCAGUUGGAGGAGAAGGAACCCGUGACAAUGAAGUGGGAGACCAGGGACAAGGGAAGAAGUUCUGUAGGUUCUGCAAACGCAAUAACCAUUACAUAGAAGAAUGCUGGAGAUUGAAAAAGAAGAAAGAUGAUGCUGAGAAAGAAGGAAAACCAUAGUCUGGAAACCAAAGGUUUGCUGGAUCAGUUUCUCAAGGGAGUUCAAGUGGAAGUGAGAGUCAAGCUGAAGCUAAUUACAGCACUGAAACUAGCACUGUAAGUCGAACUACACUUGGAUUUACACUUGAGGAAAUGACAAAACUGAGGUACAUGUUGCAGGCUGGUGCUCCUUUUGUACCAAAUUCAUCACCUUCCCCUCCUAGUUCCCCUUCCAUUCGACACCAAGCUUUCUCUGCGUCACAAUAUUUACCACCCUUUCCCAACUAUUCAGGUAAAUAUGUCCUUUCUUCCUUAUCAAACCUAGAUAGAAACAACAAAGCAACUUUCUGGAUCCUAGAUACAGGUGCCUCAGACCACAUAGCCUGUUCUUUAGCUUUAUUUGUUGAUCAUAAGAAAGUUCAGGACACUUA